CGAUCGCUGGAGGGGCUUAAAAAAAACUUUUAUCCAAACCUUUCUGCCCCGGGCGAUGGAGGGCGGCGUCGGAAAUUUCUCACGGACUGACGUCAUCCGCGAUCCUGUCGCGACCGCCCCACAGGAGGAGGGGUCGUCUCAGGCCGUGACUUCAUCGUUCACGUCAUCAUAUUCUUCGACCUCGGCGCCGUCACCAUCAUCUUUCCUUCCGACCGCGCGGGCCCCAUCCUCGUCCUCCCCCUUGGGCCCGCUUCCGGAGCCUGCUCUGCCGUUCACGCAUUUUCUUUCUCGUGCCCAUUCCGCCCCCCCGGGAAGGCGAGGGCAUGGGCGUGGCUCAGGCUUUCAGCGUCAUCCAUAGUUAUCUGGACACGUGGACGCCCGUUGUGCCCACGCGCGAAGGUGCAGUUCACUUGGCUCACGUAUUCGCAGAAAACGCUGCUCCGGCCGUUGCAGCGAUGGCUGGGGAUACGGAGGGCGGGCGCGGCGGUCCCUUCGUCUCCCGCGCCGUUCUGUCACGCGCGGUAUUUGACACAGAUCUGCCUUCGCGACAUUCGCCAGCCGUCCUGGAUCUGGCUGUGCCGCGCCCUCCGCCCCCUGUCCUUUAUCCGCCUACGUCAUUACCCGCUCCUGCCCCGAUUCCUUCUUUCUUUCAUGAGUCACCGGCGUCAGACCUCUCCUUGCCGCUCCUCACGCCGGCGCAGGAAGGGUCCCUGAGUCGCUCGACGCUUGCUGUAGAUCCUCCGUAUUCCUACCUCCCGCCCGGCCUGAAUUCUUUUCUGCCACGCCCCACGGCCGUCCUAAACCCCCCUCCGCCGCGGCUGGCCCUUGCUCUGCCCCAGCGCGAAGACCCACACAAGCAAGAUACUCCCAGAUCCGUGAGGCGGACCUCCCCAAGAGUUCCUCAGGCGCUCCCGGAACGCCCUUUGACUAGCGAGUCCCCAGACGAAGCGCCAAAAGGAGCCCAGGAACCCCGCUCAGAGAGCCCUAGAGACAAGGGCCCUCACCCUGAGCGCCAGGAUGGCCAGCACCGAGUUUCUCCGCACAAAAAGCUCCACAUGGACGCCGUCCCAGGCCUCGAGGAGACAGCGCGGCUCGUCACGAAGGUCGCCUCCAACAGGGCUUUUGCGCAGGGAGUCGCCGAUCUUGCGCGCGACGUCACGAAUACAUCAUUUGAUGCCAAACCGUGCAUGCAGUCAGGGCCAGCCUCAGCGGUUGCCACGGUCCUCCUUCCCGGCGAAGACGCCCUUUCCGACCCGGCGGGCGCGGCGGCCCCGGGCGAGGACUGCCUGUGGGCGGAGGACGACUCGGGAUGCUUCGAGGGCAUGAGCAGCUCCAGCGACCCCUCGACCGCGCUCCCGCCCCUGGCGCCCUCGCCCGCCUGCGACUCCUUCGGGCUACUCGAGAAAUAUGGAUACCAAUACGCUGGUCGCCACUACACGUUUGUGGAGACCUUCCCCUAUCGCCUGCAAACUAGCUGA